UGUGCUCGCACUGGGUGCGUAUCUGCGUCACUGAUAGAUGUUGUCAGUGGGGAGGAGAAGCUGUAGAACAAGAAAAACCAAAAGCGGUUUCCAGAAAAGCGCCGUGCUUCUUGUCUACUUUCGACGCAGAAGUACGACCUCGUACGAAUAAAACGAAAUAACAAUGGUUAAGGUUUCUUUCAACUCAGCCUUGGGUCAAAAAGAUCCGAAAAAAGAGGAGGACAAGAAUGAAGCCUUAAUUCCCGACGAGACGGAUCUGGAGAAUGGCGUGCGGGUCCGACAGCAGUCCAAAGCCUGGUGCUGGUGCCUGUGCUUGGGCCUGGCCCUCAUGCUGGCCGGUGUCGUCGUGGGAGGGGCCUACCUGUACAGACAGUACCUGAUGCAGGCAUGUGGCACAGAAAGCAGUCUGGAGCCACAGGUCUUCGUGUGUGGGGUAGGUUACGUUGAGAAGGACUUCAUGAUCGAGGACGAGGAGCCUAUGCCCCCUCAGCGCUGGAUCCAGGAGAGCAUCCGCGUGCUGGAGGAUGACGAGGUCGAGUUCAUCAAUGUUCCCGUGCCUGAGUUCACCGACAGUGACCCCGCUGACAUUGUCCACGACUUCAGAAGGAACCUGACCGCAUAUCUGGAUCUCAGUCUGAACAAGUGCUAUGUCAUCCCCCUCAACACCUCCAUUGUGCUGCCGCCCAGAAACUUUGUGGAUCUGCUGGUAAAAAUCAAGGCAGGGACAUACCUGCCCCAGUCAUAUCUGAUCCAUGAGCAGAUGAUAGUGACUGAGCGAUUGGACAAUGUGGAUCAGCUGGGGUACUUCAUCUACGGUCUCUGCCGUGGCAAAGAGACCUACAGACUCGAGCGCAGGGACUCCAUUAUUGGUAUGCAGAAACGGGAAGCCCUUGCCUGCCGCAAGAUCUUUCACUUUGAGAACAACUUUGUGGUGGAGACGGAGAUCUGUGAGCAGUAGGCCUCCCUGUGGCCAGCAGGCAGGCCUCUCAGCACUCACCACCUCCCUAGUGCAGUGAAAGUUUUUAUUCAUUUCGAUCUUUCCUUUUUGCGGUGUUUGUGUUUCCAAUUAAUGUGCUCACCCUGAUUAUCCCUUGAAUAACUGUAGCACAGCUUUGUCCUACGUUUCCCAGCAAUAUCAGCAUUCUCCAGAGAUAUCUGGUGAAUCUGAAUCCUUUUUACAUAAAGUUAUGGGGCUCUAGAUUGUGUAGGCAGCUCUGUAUGUGAUUAGCCCUACAUUUAGGCUGGUCUUUUAGACCAGAGAACUGAUAGAAAAUGAAAUCCAGGUCAAAUGUAGAUUUUAGGAUAAAUAUGCACACAGUUUAAUGAGAGAGAGGUUGUUUCAUUUGUAGAUUGGAAUAAAUGUACCUUAAACUUUAAAAAAUAUGUUCAGUUUUUUGUAGGACCACACAAUUCUGUACCACUAUGACGCUAGGAUGCCUAGAAUAUGUGCAUUUUAUUUUCCUGUUUUAAUAAUCUGCUGUAUUACAUAAUACACUGCAAUAUAAAUAUCAUACAGUUAGCUUUUCCAUGUGAUUAUUCAUCUUAAAAUGAGAAUGUAAAAGAUGUGGGGUGUAAUUAUAAGGAUGUUAUUUUUUUUCCAUUUACUUUCGAACGAGAUCUUUUUUUUAAUUUAAAUUUAAGAAAAAAUCUUGAAACAAGAAUAUUUGGAAAGACUGGAAGAGAGUUUUCCAUUAACGUUAUAAGAUUUACAUUUAUAUGUUUUCAUUUAAAGAAAUAUUAUUUUGUUGUAUUUUCUCUUAACUUACUCCAGAUCCUUCUGAUAGACUUGUACUAAUUUGUAUAUAACCUCUAUGUAAAAGAGACAAUAUAAGAAUAAAUCUUCAAAAUUGA